AUGGUUAUGCCUUUUCGAAUUGGGUUCCCACCAAAUGGCGGUAAGUUGCAUUUGCUUGACUUUGGAUGUUUAGUUUUACCGAGGUUAAAUCAUUUUGGAAUGUUGUGCAUGAAGAUCGGAGGUAUCAGAUAAAUCGAAAAGUUUGAAAGUAGAGUAAGAUCAAAGUAGAUGAAUCACGCCCUAAAUGAGGUGUUAUAAAUUUCUCUCACGGUUGAAUUCAUUUCAGGACCUCCGCCGCCGCAGAUGCCGAGUUAUGUACAAUUUCGACCGAACUUCAGACAACGGCCGCCGAUGAGGCAGCCUCCUCCAAAUGCUUGCUUGGUAGGUGAUGAAAAUCAUGUAAAUUAUUUUUUUAGUUGCCCGAGGAAAACCUUUUGUUUGUCGGAAAUAUUGAUGAGAGGGUUCCGAACGAUCUUCUCCAUGCUAUUUUGGAUUGUUGCGGUCCUUUGGAGAAAUGGCAGCGACUUGUCGGACCUGAUGGGCGGUUGCCGGCUUUUGGCUUUGUUGGAUAUAAGACCGCAGAAUCCGCGAUUCUUUGCCUAAAGGCGAUGCACAACUUCAGAAUUGGAAACAAGGCGUUGAAUGUUCGAGUAAGUUUUUUUCUCUUUGUUUUUUCUCGCUUUAGGUCGUAAUUGUCAUGGAUAAGAUAAGAUUUCAAAAAUUGUAACCAAAAAUUUAUUUCCAGCCUGAUGAGAAGGUGCGUCAGACAUUAUUCGAUCAUGUACGACGAGAACGAGCGAUCAGAAAUCUUCCAAGGAAGCAGAUUGGUACUGAAUUGGAGAUUGAAGAGGAAGAUACAGAAAUAAUCGCACACAUCCAUGAGAAGGCUACAGAGAUUAUCAGAGAUACACAUGCUCACUUAUUGGUUAUGGAAGACGAGAAGACAACUGAAGGCGAGUUUUUUACUAAUUUUUGACAUUGCUUUAGGUGGAUAGAAUAAUUUUAAGUCAUAUUUUGUAAAUUUGGUCUCUAAAUCAAUAUUUUUGACUUAGAUUAGAUGGUGUUUGAUCUGGAGAUUUUGUUUUUAAUAAAAAUUUUCUAUUUUUCAGACCGUGCCAGCCUCGACCGCCGCUCCCGAACUCCAAGAUCGGUAGGUUCAUAACAAAGAUUGUAGCGUUUUGUAUAGUUGAUGGGGGUCUAUUUUCGUUCUGUUUUGUCGUAUUAAUUGUGGACCUCGUCCCUCAAAAGGUAGGUGCAAAUGGCGUCUAAAUUUUCUUGAAGCCGGCAAGUAUAAUAUAAUUGAUGGCCUCGAGAAGAGCGACUUGAACUGGCGUAAGUCGGAUUUGAAAUAGGGAGAAUUGAGGAGGGUAUGGGGUGUUGGGAGGGUUCGAAGAAGUCGUUUAUCGAUGAAUUUUAUUUUUAGGAGCGAAAGAAACGAAAAAAGGAGUCCAGAUCGAGAAGAUCCGAGAGCAGAGACCGAAAACGGUAAGAAUUUGAGAGAUUCUAUUUAAAGUCUGAGAUUUUAAAAUACGAAAAACCCUUUUUAAAUUAUUUUUUAUUUAGUUUUAUGGGGAAAAACAUUGGUUCGGACCUUAUUUUAGGCAAUUUUGGUCAAAAAAGUUGAAAUUUUUGGCGAUAAAAACAUUCUUUCUCAGAAAGACGCUAAUGUUUUGUAAGAAUAUGUAAUUUCAGCUCAAAACGGCACCGUUCCAGCUCCGCCACCUCCACUCGAAGCUCCAGGAACUCCGAAUCCGACGCCGAAUCCGAGGACUCGGAUGUGAUUUUGGAAAAGAAGAUGAGGAAAAGGGAGCAAAAGCGAAGAGAAGAGGAAUAUCUGAGGCAGUUGAAAAAGUUUGAAGAGAGGGAACGCCGCAGGGCCAAGCUCUACAGCCACGAAGAUGAGGAGGAUAUGAUCUUACAGAAGACCACUCAAAAAGAAGCCAAGAAAUUGGCCCAAUUCUUGGAGGAUUACAACGACGAAAGAGACGACCCCAAGUAUUACAGGAGCUCCUCUUUUUAUAAACGAAAGCAGGAGUAUGAUCGAGAAAGGGAACUGGAUCGACUGGAUAGAGAAGAGGAAGCCAAAGAACUGGCUCUAAUGAAGGAAAACAUGCAUAAAGAUGAGAAGGAGGAGGAGAAUGGAGACAAACUUGAGGUGAGGAGGGCUUUUAUGAAAGUUCUGGAGGAAAUUCGGGGGUUUGAGGGAGAAAUAAGGGUUUUGGGAUAUUAUACUAGGCAAGAAUGAGAAAAUUGCUAAAAUUUUUACGAUUUUUGCCAUUUCUUGGGGUUUUUGUUUAAUAAGAAGGACUAGAGGAAGAAAAAGUGAGGAUUUUGGGAGGCAGCUUUUUUUUUAACAUUAAAAAUUUUUUGGGUAUUACUCUAGACAAAAAUUGAUAAAAUUAAUUCGAUUCUUCUUGUUUUUGGAGAUGUUUGUGAUUGGGAAUGAAGUAUAGGAGAAGAAGAAGAGGUCUAAACAAAAAUUUUGCAAUUUUCGAACAAAAAGUUUGUAUUGCUUUGGACAAUAUCCAUGAAUUUUUUAAAUUUUCUGUCUGAUUUUGACAUUUUUUGCUUACAGAAGAAAGAAAUAAAGCCCAAGCCGGAAGAAGAGGAGGAUUCGUUCAGAUACAGCUUUGUGGAAGACAAGAAAACCGUCAAAGUUGAGACCCCGGAACCGUCGACCUCGCAGAACGGCGAAAAGAAAGUUGUGACCUCAUUCCAGCAGAAGGUAAUUUCUCAGACCAUCUCAGUCUUUGGUGAAGAUGAUCCGGACGAGGAAAACACGCAUGUCAUCAAGAAGAAGAUCAAGAAAUUCGAAAUUACACAUCAGGUAGGCAUGAAGAUGAUAAGCGUGCAAAUACAUUUUAAUUCCAGGAACGAAUGGAGUCCCUGACGAGCGAGGAGCGUCGGCAAAUGGCCAAAGACCUGAUCAACGACAUCCCCACCACCAAAGAGGAACUUUUCGCCUAUCCGCUGGACUGGGAAAUGGUCGACCAGCCCCUGGUGGACGAGAAGAUCAAGCCCUGGGUGGACAAGAAGAUCCGCGAAUACAUCGGCGAAGACGAACCCACACUCGUUCGAUUCAUCUGCGAAAAGGUCGCCGAACAUGGAGAACCGCAGCGCCUCCUCGGAGACUUGGCCAUGAUCCUGGACGAAGAGGCCGAAGCCUUUGUUUUCAAGCUCUGGCGCCUCAUCAUCUUCCAGUCCAAAGCCAAACGAAUCGGCCUCAACGUCAAUAACCGAUCUUAA